AUGUCGCUAAUUGCUCGUAUAUUUAUGGUGCUGUACAUAAUUGAUAUUCUACACACUGAAGGGGAUAUCAGAUCCAAUCCUGGGCUCGUUGCUGCUUCGUUCGUAACCGCUUGGGGUAGAUGCAGUUCAGUGUCUGUGUUUGUCGCUGUAUUGCUUGAGCGAUAUUAUGCUUCUCACUUUAUAAUUGACUACGAAACGAAAGCGCGAAAAUGGGUUGCACUUCUAGUGCUCACACUUUCUUCUGUGAUUACAGCUAUUUUCGUCAUUCCCAUGAUUUUCGGUCUACUGACUGUAUAUGCGUUAUCUGUAGUAGCUCUUAUAUUAUACACGAUCUGUCCAAGUGUGUAUAUCCUUUUGUAUCAACGUGACAAGAGGCAAGUGCUGCUACUCACUGCUCCUCAAUGUACACACUAUUUGCUGAGCGCGCGAUUCCAACUUGCCGAGAACUUAAGAGUUAUGAAGAUUAUAAUGUAUACAUCUAUAGUGUACAGUAUAUGGUUAAUCGCCCCAUGUAGCCUGGUUCUUCUCUCAUAUGUCUAUUUUUCGCCAAGAAGUGCAGAGGGCCAAAUUUGCUACGCUGCAUAUGAUCUCCUUAUGGCAACGUCAAUUCUGGCACUACUUUUAUAUACUCUGUUAAAAACUGGAACAUUUCCAAUUAAUAUAUGCAUCAGACCUCUACGACCACAAAAGCAUGAUAUUGAUAAACAUGGCGACGACAAAACAUCAGAGAUGUAUUUCCGUCAACUUGCAACUGCUUGGGAGUUAUGA